AUGGCUGUAUUCUUCACUCUGGUUCUCCUGGCUAUGGUGUGUCCUUUAGUGGCAUUCGACAUGGGCCAGUCCACUCGCUGUGUCACUAUCCCCAACCAGAUGAAAGUCUGCAAAGAUGUUGGAUACACUGAGAUGCGGCUGCCCAACUUCUUAGGUCACAGUAACCUGGAAGCUGAAGUGGUGCCUCGUUCAGAGGACUGGAGGCCCCUGUUGCAGACAGGCUGCCAUCCUCAAGCCCAGGCCUUCCUCUGCUCCCUCAUUGCCCCUGUCUGUCUUGACACUUUUAUCCAGCCUUGCCGAAGUCUGUGUGUGGCAGUCAGAGACAGCUGUGCCCCGGUGCUCGCCUGCCAGGGUCACCCUUGGCCUGAGGCACUAGAUUGUGACCGCUUUCCUACCGAGGAAGACAUGUGCCUAGUUCCCCAUGCUAGAUUUAGUCACUUUGCCAAAGACUUGCCUAAACCUGCCUGCCAGAACUGCCCUGCUGUGGAAGAAGCUCCAACAAUGAAGACAGUCCUGGAUGCUUUCUGCCUGCAUGACUUUGCUGUGACUGCCAAAAUUCAUCGCCAUCGCCUCCCCACAGGAGAGCCAGAGUUUGAGAUUGAUGGCCUCGUGGAGUUUAUCCGGCAGGGCCCUCUGCUGCCUUAUGACACUCGGCAUCUUCUCCAGCAGUGGCUCCUCAUCAACCUCCGAUGUGCAGGUGUUCUGGUGCGCCCGGGACGAUCACAGCUUUACGUGUUGACUGGUUCUGUGCAGCCUGACGGCACCCUCGCUCUCACCAACCUCUUCCCUUGGCACAAAAAGGAUGCCAACAUUGCAGUGGCCACUCGUAAGUGGAAGCACCACAGAUGUUGAAUUUAAGCAAUCUAAAGAUCCGGAUCUGUGUUUGAAGUGUAGAAUCGCAAAUGGGGAAAAAAACCUAU